AAAAUGUUUUGGACGUUUUUAUAGAUUUUUUAUAUUAAAUUAUACAAACAGUGCUAGGUUUAUGAUAAAAAAAGUUUACCCAUGAUGAGUCCAUGAACUAUGCUGUAAUAAAUUUGAUCGAAAUACAAAAUAAGUGGGGUUAUUUACGCAGAAUCAGUGUUACUGAUAGAUCUCAAGCAAAAAUAAAAGAAAACAAUGAUAAAUUCCAUAAAUGAGCCUGAAUUUUAGACUUAUAGUAUGUUACACACUCUGCUUAUGCCAGGUAUUGUGUGUUAGAUCUCAAUCUAAAUCUGAUUUCUAUUGUUAUUACAUGAAGGAUUGUCAACAAUACUGUCCAAGGAAUGGGUUCAGUAAACUAGACAAGCGACACUUGGGAGCUGACUUAGAAGCUAGAGAAAGUAACGUAGUCGAUAUGUCAAGUGGCUCAGGAAGUAAUGGGUUCUAUCGGCCCAGGAGCGCCCUAGCCCGGGCUAUGUAUGAGAAACAGAACAAUGAUAGAUACUUGCAGGAGUUCGACCAAAAUGAGUGGUACCGUGUGAACAAGGAACGCUUGUCUCCUGAUCUGAUCCAGAAAUUCGUGCAGCUGUACCCUGACGAGGAGACGAAGGCCUUCCUCUCGGCCUCCAUCGACAAGUCCUCGUGGGUGUGGACCCAGAUCUGGUACCUGCUCGCGAAGGCUGUGCUCCGGCACUUCUGGUCCGUCACCGACAUUAAUGGAUGGCUUGGUCGCGGCUCGAUGUUCGUGCUGUCCGAGGCGCAGGCGCGCGCGCUGCUGCGCCCCGUCAGCGACAACGUGGGCACCGGCUCGCUGGUGGAUGUGGGCGCGGGCGACGGAGAGGUCAGCCGCCGCUUCUCUAACUUGUACCCGCGAAACUACGCCACCGAAAUAUCCGCCAGCAUGAGGAAGUCGCUGGCUGAAAAGGGAUACAGGAUUCUGGACACAGAGACAUGGCACCAUGAAGGCCAGUUCAACUGCGUGUGCAUGUUGAACUUGCUGGACCGCUGCAGCAAGCCCAAGACGAUGCUGCGCCAGGCCAGGGAUUCUCUCGCCCCUGGCGGAGUGCUCAUGCUGGCGCUCGUGCUACCCUAUAAACCUUACGUAGAAGUAACCGCAGACCACAAACCUGAGGAACGUCUGCCAAUCGAAGGCUUGUACUUCGAAGACCAGCUCGCCUCUUUCGUAAAGUUCAUGCGGGAGGAGGCCGGCUUCGAGCUGGUGUCGUGGACGCGCGCCCCCUACCUCUGCGAGGGGGACUUUGCCCAGGCCUACUACUGGCUCGACGACUCCGUCUAUGUGUUCAAGCCGACGCCGGACCCCCUCAAGUAAACAGCUACAACGAAUAUUCUACUCUUUAAAUGUCGUACCUUUUUGUGAAACUUCGUAUUCAUAAAGAUAUCCGCCAUGAGACGCGGCACAAUGUAAUGGAAGGAUUUGAACACUCGGUCAAAGACCUCGAUGGUGUAGCGAUUAAUGCGACUAAUGACUUAACCAAGAGUCGCACGGUCAAAUAAAUUUAAAAAGAUUAUUUGUAUGUAAUAAUAACAAAGUCCACGACUCAAUAGCCUGAGAGAACAUUACUCAUGUCACGGGGCUCACCACUUUGUGAAAACACUAUUGAAUGGUGUAAAGAAUUUAUCGUAGUCUCACAGACUUGGAAACUCAAUCAAGGUAUUAGAUUUUUAUACAUAAAUUAAACAUUAAGUACGUACCACAACGUUGAUACUGAAAAAAUCGAAGGUGCAAUUAAGUUCAAAAUUCAACACAAGUUGUGUUGAACGCUUUGCCUCUUUGGAACAAUUUCUUUGAGCAUCUAUUCAUUUCCAAAAAUAUAUAAAACCUUUGGGUCUCUGUAGACCACAUGUAACUUAGCUUCUUAUAAUUACAUUCCUAGAUGUAGAUUGUAUUCCAAUACAUUGACGUGUGGGUAAUCUUUCAACAUUUUCGUCUCGUCUAAAGCAUUUAUCGAUUUCGUGAUGUCAAUUAGUGUAAGCACUUUUAAUUAUUUUUAUCGUCUUUGGUAGUUUGUAGGUAUUUUGUAAAAUUUCGUUAACAAUGUAAGUAGUUUAAUAUUUCGUUGCCUGUUAGAUAGAGUUUAUUUGAAUGUACCUAUAUGUUUUCUACUUCACAUAUAUAACCUUAAUAUUUAUCUUUCACGCAGACAAAUAAUAAUGAACUGAGGUAGUGAAAUCAACGAAUUGCUGUAACAGUCAUACAUACUUCUUUCUAAGGUUCUAUGAUAUUAUAAUGUUGUAAUAAUUGUAUUAAAAUAACAGAUAUUCUGGUUUCAAAGCAAACAUAUUCUUGAUCUUGUUUAACAUUUGUUCGCACCCUUACCACUGGCGCAAAAAUAAACCAGUAUAACAUAAAACCGGAGCAGUAACUGGUCAUUUAAUGAGUAUGUUCACUUACCGCUACGUGUAUAACAGAAGACGUCCACAUAUUUAAUUGAUAUUUGAAAGUAUUUUACUAAAAUCCUAGAAAUGUCAGCUAAACAGCCGAAAGCAGUCGCAGAUGAAUAUCGUUGAGAGAUGUUCAGCAAGUCCUGUAAAACAAUAAUAAAAAUAAUAUAUUCUUACCUUAAGAUGUUAGUAGUCUGACAAUUAGAUGUUUUGUACGUUUUCUACGGUGUAUUAUUGUAGCAAUCACGUUCUUAUUCACCAAUACAUACAUUAAUCAUAAUUUCUGAUAAUUAAGAUUUUAAAUAACCAAAUGCAUAUUGUAUGUACUUAUGGAUUGUGCCAAAUGUGCUUAAAUGUAUAUAGAACAUUCCACAGAUAUUAUAUUGUGUUAACAGUUUUAGUUAUUUGAUAAGUUAUUAAAUGUACGUUUUAAUUUCUCUAUUUAU